ACAAAUGAAGUAUAUAAGCAACAAUGUAACAGCUGAUUGAGCUAGAGCACAUGUUUACAGCUUUAUACUUAGGACACUUUAUAACAUAAACAUAUCCCAUUAUUUGUGAUGUUUACUCUCUUUUAAAACAUACCACGUUUUUGAUCUGAAAAAUAAGAAGUAACGAGAAAUGUUGUAUUAAUGUAGUGAAGUACAGUUCAAUAUUUUCCUAUGGUCUGUUUAGGGGUUGCAGAAAACGAGAAAAAGACAAGUAAAGUACUUUAAAAUCAUAUUUAAGUACUUUGUUUAUUGUACCAUUAACUAUGACUCAUGCAUAAAUAAAACAAUGUAUGACAGAGUAAAUACAUCUCUACAGUUAGUUUAUUAAUUCUAAGUUUUUCUAGGCUUUUAUUUUGAAUAUUUUCACCGGAAGACUUGAUUCUGGUCCCCAAAGCAAAUAGAGGCACACGCAUGCGCACUCCCGUACUCCACAUUAAACAACCCUAGGUGUGCAUCUUGCGUUGAUUCUGCAAAUAUCAUCGACUGAUUCACGGUAAGAUAACACGUCAUUUGUAAAAUAAGCAGUGAUUAUACUCUGUGUAUUCAUACUUUUAAAUACAUACACAUAUUAACCGAUGAAAACGGGACUAUUUUACAAACAAAGCCAAUCAGAUGCUGUUAUUUCAUUGAUUGACGGCCGUGUGGAACAUUUUCUGUUGUUGUAUUUUACCAAACACCUGGGCAAUUUUAUUUCUAGCUCCAAAAGGUAAUUGAUCAGCACCAUGGCGUCCAGUGGAUAUCUGCAGGCAGCGGUGCUCCUUCUGGCGGUGCAGCUCAUCUGUCUCGGUGCAGCUGAUGCGGAUCAUGAGACUGGGACUGUCAUCCCUGCUGAAAGUCGCCCAUGUGUGGACUGUCAUGCAUUUGAGUUUAUGCAGAGGGCCCUGCAAGAUCUAAAGAAGACUGCGUUCAACCUCGACGCCAGGACAGAGACGCUGGUGCUGCGGGCGGAGAGGAGGGCUCUGUGUGACUGCAUGCCCGUCAACUCUCUGCGCUGAAGACCCCCCCUCCACACACUGACACCCACCCUGUUCUAAACCUCUAAACUCAUGUACAGCGACCUUCAUCUUAACUUAUUCACGCAAUAGGCACUUUAUUUUCCUUUUCUCUCAUGUUGUUGUUUUGCCUUAUUGGGGACGACUUUUAUACCACUGAGGUUUUACAUCGUGAAACACGCCUGUGAAUUUAGUUUGUCUUCAUCGUCACGGGAUCUAGGUCAGUUUCUCAUCUAUGAAGCAUAAACUAUCUUUUGUACUUUUUAGUAUUUGACUGUAUAAUGUAGAUACAGUAGAAUGCAUCGAUAAACUCGUUGAAUGUGUUGUUUGAGAUUUCAUACGACGAUUAUACACAUCAAACUGUAGCAUCACGUGGAAUUUAUUUAUUAACGGCUCAAAAUACUUCAAUAAAACAUAAAAAAAUCACUUAUUAUGAAUCGGUAACAUUUUAAUUAUUUAAAUUAUUUGCUGCCUUUUGCAAAAAAAGUUGGGUAAAUUAAAGAAAGUAAUAUAUCUUUAGGAACAAACAAUGAAGAUUUAUUUGUAACGACAUCAGAAAAAAUAAAUUUUUAUCAGAAGUUCGAACUAAUCUUUUUGAAUUUUUCUUUAGGUGGAGAAAGCGUAUUUGUAAGUCUUGAUUUAGCACAGCACUGUAGCAUGAAUUUACAGCACUUUUUGUUAAACUGCUGUUAUUGUAGAUUGUAUGUAUAGAUACUGUAUAUGUACACGGGUUUUCUCUGCCUGACAGAGGUGUAUGCAAGAAAUAGUGACGAACGAUAUAGUAUCAUAAAAUGCAAUAUCGGCGGGGGACGGGAGGACGGAUAGAGAUAGAAAUAAUAUUUGUCUUAUGGUUGCUUGUUCAUGAACAGUGUACUUUGUUAACAUUGUGUCACAAGAGUAAGACGCCACAUUUAUUGUCUUAAUGUUGUACCUAUCAAUAAAAAACAAUGAAUGACCUUUA